AUGCCUUUGCCGCGCCGUGCGCCCUGGGCCGACGAAACCGACUCGGACGAGUUCGUUGCUCUGGAGGUGGACAAGGAAUCGGCUCUUGUCGUCGCUGUGCGGCCGAUCCAGUCUGGGGUGAACAACCACGAUUUCGGCACCCCGCAGGCGACGCGAGGCUCGGGACACACUCCGAUGGCAGGCGCUACAGUCACGCGAGCCCCGUGCCUGAAUGGCUCUCCUGUGCCAACACUGACAGCGAGACGUGUGGUGGAAGUGGCAGCUUUCGUCCGCGCGCUGCUGACCUCAACGCGCGGAGGCCCGGAGCUGCGGACUCUGCUGCGAGCCUGGCAGUACCGUCUGCGGUACGUUCUUGCUGACACGCACAUCCCGUGCACGGUUUGGAGAGCUUUGGUUUUCGACGUGCACAUCCCGGACGUGGGCGACAUACUUCAGCUUCAGCACUACCGCAUUUGA